AUGAUCGUCAAUGGUAUAGCCCGCCCCUCCGCAAGCCCGUGGUCAUCACCUCUUCAUUUCACCUCUAAGAAGGAUAACGGGUGGCGUCCGUGUGGGUACUAUAGGAUGCUCAAUGCCCGGACCAUUCCUGACAGGUAUCCAAUCAGGCACAUCCACGAUUUUACCCAUAGCAUAACCGGAUGCAAAGUGUUUAGUACCAUUGACCUUGUAAAAACAUAUAACCAAAUACUUGUCAGUGAGAGUGACAUCCCUAAGACCGCAAUAAUAACGCCGUUCGGGUUGUAUGAGUUUCCCUUUAUGGGCUACGGCCUUCGCAACACAGGACAAACUUUUCAACGCUUCGUGGACGAGAUGAUCAGAGGAUUAGAAUUCUGCUACUCUUACCUUGACGACUUCCUGAUCUUCUCACGAAAUGAAGCGGAUCAUGAGGAACACCUUCGCCAAGUGUUUAGCAGACUUAAAAGCUACGGUAUACUCAUCAACACUUCCACGUGUACUUUCGGCGAAAAGGAGGUAACAUUUUUAGAGUCCCGUAUCUUCGAAAACGGAAUCAAACCUUUGGCUGAUAAGGUCCAAACUAUUUUAGAUUUCCUUCAACCUAAGGAGUUGCGACAGCUAAGAAGGUUUUUGGGCAUCAUAAAAUUUUAUCGGCGUUUUUUGCCGAAUGCUACUCAAAAACAAGCCCCCCUUUACAACCUUCUGACAGGGGCUGUUAAAGGUAGGCAACCUAUUAGUUUAAACGGUGAGGCAGCAAAAGCUUUUGAGGAGUGCAAGCGUAGUCUCGCGAAUGCAACCUUGCUUGCCCACCCAGACUGCGAAGCUAAAUUGGCACUCGUGACUGAUGCAUCUGACGGCGCCAUAGGUGCCGUACUUCAGCAGCUCAAAGACGGAGUCUGGCAACCACUUGCCUUCUUUUCGAGGAAGUUGAGCCCAAGUCAACAGAGAUAUUCCCCAUAUGAUCGAGAGCUUUUAGCUAUAUACGAAGCUAUUAAAUAUUUUCGUCAUAUGGUGGAAGCAAGGCACUUCACUAUCUAUACUGACCAUAAGCCGAUCAGUUUCUCAUUCCACAAAAGGAAGGACAAUUGCUCGCCACGUCAAUAUAGGCAUUUAGAUUUCAUUGCCCAGUUCACCACCGAUAUUAGGCAUAUCUCCGGCAAAGACAAUGUCGUUGCCGACACUUUAAGCCGCAUCGAAGAACUGGAGGCACCUGUUGACCUGACUGCUAUAGCUGAAUCCCAUGCCUCCGACCUAGAGCUUGCUCAAUUUAUGAAGAGUGGAUCAUCAUCCCUCCGCCUAGAACAGUACAAUAUACCUGGAAGUCGUACCAAAUUGUACUGUGAUAUAAGUACGCCGACUUUCAGGCCAUUUGUACCCGCUCCCCUUCGCAGGCAGGUUUUCAACAGCCUGCACUGCCUGAGCCACGCAGGUGCGAACGCUACUGCUCAACUAGUAGCGGAAUGGUACGUUUGGCCCGGCAUCAGGAAAGAUUGCCGAGACUGGGCUAAAUCUUGCCUCGCCUGUCAACGUACAAAGGUAACCCGACAUGUGUCUUCUUCUUGGGGCACUUUCGCGUUGCCUCGUACGCGAUUCAGGCAAAUACACAUCGACUUUAUUGUUCCUCUCCCUCCGUCCAAGGGUUACCGAUACUGCCUAACUGUUAUCAAACGAUUUACUAGAUGGCCAGAAGUUGUGCCUUUGGUUGACAUAACGGCGGAAUCAGUUAGUUGCACAAGUUUUGCUGCUUCAAUGGAUUGCACGCUACGGUUGUCCAGAAGAAAUUGUCACAGAUCGCGGACGACAAUUUGA